GUUGGAUUGAAUAGCGAGCAUUGGAUGAUAGCUGAGCAGUUGGACUUGUGACGCCCUGUGCUCUGAUUGGUCAGUAGUGGGGCGCCAGCCAUGCCGCAAGCUGAUAGGUUGAAAGAUUCACGUGACUCUUCGCUCAUUGGUGUAAUGUCACAUAAAGCGGUUGCUGGCGCGCUAUAUUCAAGAUUUACUUUGAGGAUAAACGUCCCUGUGGGGUUACAUUACUAACUUAUUCGGGUUUUUAUUUAACUGUUUUUAGUUUUGUUUAUUUAUCACGUCAUUAAGGAAAAUGGACUGUGUGGAUUUUGUAAGAGUUCUUCCCAAUUCACCGAUGAAAGCCCGGGGACAGGUUCAGGUCAUCUUUGGACCGAUGUUUUCAGGAAAAAGCACUGAACUGAUGAGAAGAGUGCGGCGCUUCCAGAUAGCCCAGUACAACUGCUUGGUGAUCAAAUAUGCCAGAGACACACGUUAUUCUGACUCAGGCAUGGCCACACAUGACAAAAAUACAAUGGAAGCUGUUCCAGCCAAUUGUCUGGGAGAUGUGCGGUCUCUGGCACUGAAAGCCUGCGUUAUUGGAAUUGAUGAAGGACAGUUUUUUCCAGACACAGUGGAGUUUUGUGAGGAGAUGGCCAAUUUAGGGAAGACAAUCAUUGUAGCUGCCUUGGAUGGAACCUUCCAGAGAAAGCCGUUUGGAAACAUCCUGAACCUGAUCCCUCUAGCGGAGAGCGUAGUGAAGCUCAACGCCGUCUGCAUGCAGUGUUACAAAGAAGCUGCCUACACCAAGAGGAUAGGAGCCGAGAAGGAGGUGGAAGUGAUCGGUGGAGCUGACAAGUAUCAGGCAGUGUGUCGAAAAUGUUAUGGAGGUCUGAUGACUGAUAAAGAGAACAGUGCUCCUUUCAGGAAUGAAACUCCACAUGUCAAAGGAAAGCUCAUGGACUCUGGGAUUCCCAGGAAGCUUUUCUCUUCUCUGCAACUCUGAAGACUUUGUUGCAGAAGUUGAACAGAGUGGAAAUAGACUAUCAAAUAGUGUGUGUCCCGUUUUAAGUCUUUGUUUGGUGUCUAAUGGUAUUCUAUUUUCAGUUUUUUUUUUUUUUUUUUCCUAGAUUUGGUUUUGCACUUAAUAAUAUAAUAAUUUUGCAUAAUAGUAAAGAAAUGAAUAAUUAACUACCAUAGGUUUCCCUUCAAAUAUAGGCUUUAAAUAAUUGUUGUUUUAAUUAACAAUGUAUUGUCUAAGUAUUCAUUAUGCUAUGUUUUAUAGGAGUGGUAUUUAGUAAAAGUAUGAUUGGCUCUGAUUUGGGUAUUUCUCUAGAUUUUCAGAGUUGGGAAAUCCUUUUCUCAAACUUAUAAAACGUGCAUGUUUUUAACUCUGUGCACUAACUGUGAUAUGUAAUCCAAUGCUCUCACAUACCAGAGGACCAAAAUAACCAGUUUAAAUCCUGGCAAGCUCCAAGGGUGUGCAGUGAGCUGGCAGUCAGGAAUGGAAAACCAUAUCAUCACUCCUAUAUUAAACCCUGUACUACUGCAAAAAUAUCCUCUAUAAGACUGAACAUCCUGUGAAUGACUUUAUUCCAUAAACAAAAGGCCUCAAGUAAAAGCUGCUGUGCUUCUGACACAUGACAUGAAAUUAUAAUACGACAAAAUCAAAAGGCAAUUUCACAACUCAGUGGUCAAAUAAAAGUACUUGGAAACAAUAGAAACACAACUCAAGCCAACCAGAAUCUGAGCAAUAUUUUGUACAUUUGUAGGCAUAAUUAUUCAAAUCAUUCCACUCUCCUCACAUCUAAAACAUGAAGCUUGAUGAAAUAUAAAAGAAUCUAACAAAUAA